ACUGCAGAAAUACUAGAAAACAUUGUUUGCCGGCAAAACAUUCAGAGAUUUAUCCAAAAAUGUUUGGAAGCGUAAAUAACUAUUUGUCCGGCGUUUUAAGAGCAGCGGAGGAUGACGAUGGUGACAAUUUGGCCACAUUUCUGUCCUUGCGUGACAUCCACGUGCAGAACCACAAUCUCUACAUUGCCCAGCCGGAGAAAUUGGUGGAGCGUAUGCUGAAGAGAACAUCAAUGGAUGAGGCUGUUAGUGCGCAUCUAAAGGUGCUUUAUAAUCUCGCCCAGGAGCCACCCAACUAUAUGGAUGCCUACACACAGCAGGCGGCGUGUUGUUCGGCCGUGGUGAAGCUUCUGCAACAGUUGAGGGACGAGAACUGGUGCCUUCCGUUGAUGUACCGCGUAUGCCUAGAUCUGCGGUACUUGGCCCAGGCUUGUGAAAAGCAUUGCCGCGGCUUUACACCUGGCCAUAUACUGGAGAAGGCAGCCGACUGCAUGAUGGCUUGUUUUCGCGUCUGUGCCGCGGAUGGCCGCGCCUCCGAAGAGGACACAAAGCGCCAGGGCAUGAUGAAUCUGGUGAAUCAGCUGUUUAAAAUUUAUUUUCGCAUCAACAAACUGCAUCUGUGUAAGCCCCUCAUCCGGGCCAUAGAGAACUGCUCAUUGAAGGACACCUUUCCAUUGCCAGAGCAAAUCACAUAUAAAUACUUUGUUGGGCGGCGGGCCAUGUUUGAUUCCAACUAUCGUCAGGCUGUCGAUGAUCUGGCAUAUGCCUUCUCCCAUUGCCCGGAACGUUUCACCAGCAAUAAACGUUUGAUUCUCAUCUAUUUGGUGCCAGUAAAAAUGCUUCUCGGCUAUCUGCCUCGCAAAUCCCUGCUGCAACGAUACGAUCUAUUGCUUUUCCAUGAUCUUGCCCUGGCCUUAAAAGCUGGCAACGUAAACAAAUUCGAUGAGAUUGUCCGCGAGCAAGAACUCGUCCUCAUCCGCAGCGGCAUUUAUUUACUUGUAGAGAAACUUAAGUUUAUUGUCUACCGGAAUCUGUUCAAGAAGGUAUUCGUCAUACGCCAGACGCAUCAGCUGGACAUGGAUGACUUCCUAACGGCCCUGCGAUUCGUAGGUGUCACAGAUAUAUCACUCGAUGAGACGCACUGCAUCGUAGCGAAUCUAAUUUACGAAGGCAAGAUCAAAGGCUAUAUGUCUCAUGUCCACAACAAAUUGGUUGUAUCCAAGCAGAAUCCAUUUCCACCGUUGAUUUCUACGUAGUUAAGACCUAACCAACAUAAAUAUUAUAUAAAAAACUAUAACAAUGUUCUUU